GGCGGCCUGUUGGCGCACUAACUAGUAGGAUUGCUCCUGCCUAGGCAGAGCCCGCAUCAUUCAUCAAUUCAAGUCUAAAAUGAGGCACGGACUUUGCUCCAAUGUUGGGGAUAAAAUCACCAGCAAAUUCAGAGCGUGGUUCACUUCGCCGGCCCUCAGCGCAUCGUGAUCUUAGAGUCACAACUUGAACAGUGACAACACGACGGAGAGUCACAACUGGAACACGACCAAGACACAUUACCUACCUUGGACUGUCUUGCUUCCAAGCUCGCUGGCGCAGCAUGGCCGACUCUCCCCAGCUUCUCAAGUUCGAUGUCUGUAUUUUCAAAAAAGAUGACGUUCCGUUCGAAGACUUCGCAAGAUGGGUAAAAGAAGAAUAUCCCCCCAAGGCAGUUCCAAUUAUGAAGAAACACGGUAUCGUCCAGUGGGCGCAGACCAUAACCCCACCCCAGCUCCGCGGGGCAUACCAGCAGGUACUCAACAGUUUGGGGCGCUCGGAAUGGAGCGUUCCAAACUACGACCUGGUCCUGUCAUACUGGCUGCGCGACCCAGAGGACAUGAAGCGGCUGACGCAGGAUCCCGAGUGGAUCGAGCUCGAGAAGGAUGCCCAGUCGAGGGCCAACUUUUCCAUUGGCCACUUUGUCGCCGGCUACGAGACGGUCCAUCUGGCGGCACUUGAAGCCCGUGGACCAGCAGCCGUCUAAGGUAACCACGUGUGUUGACUGGCCGGCUUAAGGUAAAGGUUCAGAUGACGAGGGUGACUAGCGACUUGGUUAUUCAG